AUGAUCUGUCCAGCAAACGUCGCCUAUCAGGUGUUUGAGGGCGGCGCUGUGGCAUUUUUUCCCGUCCGUCGUUUACUUUAGUUUACAGCAUUCCUUUUACCAAACUCUUCCCCGGGAAACGCGGUGUUGUAAAAGCAAGGCUUUUCGGGUAUAAAUUUACUGGGAAAGUAGACGAAACUCUCCGGAGCGGGAGCGGCACAACAAUGUCUAAUCACUGUGAUCUUAUGUGGCUACUGUUUCUGGGAGGACUCGUCCUGCCAGAAAUGGAAGUGUCUGCAAUAGAAGUUCAUACUCCAAGUGAGGUGGUUGCGGUCAACGGGUCAGAUGUGAAGUUGAGCUGCACAUUCAAGUCCACUCAGCCGGUGUCGGAUCAGUCAGUCACUGUAGUUUGGAACUACAGACCUCCUAAUUCACAAGCUGAAAUCUCGGUUUUUUACCACCAAGGCACCCCAUAUCCUGAGGAGCAAGGGCUCUUCAAAGGCCGUGUUGUGUGGUCAGGCAAUGUCGUGAAGCGGGAUGCCUCCAUCACCUUGCAAAAGGUUUCUCCAACCUUUAAUGGCACCUACACUUGCCAAGUGAAGAAUCGACCCGAUGUGCUCGGCAAUCAUGGAGAGAUUGACCUUAAGGUCGUCAAUAAAGUCUCUGUAUCGGAGAUCGGAAUUCUGGCAGCCGCGGUUGGAGGCAGCUGCGCUGUGAUCCUGGUCAUCCUUGGCAUCAUUAUGGGAGUAAAGUUGUACAAGAGAAGGCAAAAAGAAAUGAUGGACAUAGAGGUGUACUCUGUUGGAAAAUCAGAUCUAUAUUAAGGACCAAUGAAUGGGAGCUCCUGUCUUUCUCUUCCUCACGGGAAAGAAGAUUAUCUGGAUGUCGGUGUGGGUCUGUUUCUAAGAAAUAGAUGUGUAGAAUGCCUUUUUAACACAUAAUUUGCUGUUAAUAAUUAAGGUUGGUUCAUUAAUAGAGAUAAGAGGAGGUAAACCUUGAGUCUGUUUUAACUGCAGAGUAUUUGCAUUUUUAUAGUUUUAGGAAAAAAAUGAAUUGAUUGCAGCGACAAAAGUUAGUUGAGUUUCAACUUUUUAAAUUAUAUAUUGAUAUGUGUGGAUUUAUGUGAAAGUGGGUGGGAAAUGUCAGUCUUAAUUCACAGCAGCAAUGCUGAAAGGGAAGGUUUUUUACCACAAUGCUUUGCUAUUAAACAUGUUUGCCUUUAAAAAAAAAUUAAAAAUCAUAAUACAUUUCAAUUAAAAAUCAUUUUUCAGCCUCUCAUACAUGGCGAUGCUGCUGUGAAUCGAAUGGAACAUCUUUAGUCUAAUAACUUGUCCAAUAUGAGGAAACUUUCUUUUUUUUCUCUGAACAAAUGAUACAAUAUCAACAGCUUGUGUCUUCUUUUGAUAAAGCCUGCAAUGAACCGAACCGUGCAGGGAGAUUACAUUUGAUUUUAGGUGUCUUAUGGUCUAUUUCUAUAGCUGUGUUGGCUGGUUUCAGCCUCUGAUUUGUAUAUGUUUUAAUAUUGCCUUUAUAUUCCAGACAGCAGGCACUUUCAAAGUUAAAAUGAUGGUUUACGGAGACUGUUAGAAUGACUGCUUUGAUGUCGAUGCAGAUGGUGAAGAUUUCAAAGUUGCACAGCUAAAAUAAUUGACUGCUGCCUUCGCUCUACAGUUUCUGUUGUGCUGAGUAAAUGACAUUAACCAGGCAAAUGCAGAAUAUUACCCUGCAAAUGCAAGGAAUUCCUCUUAUUCUCUUUCUUUUAUUACAGCUACACAGUUUUAAAUGUAGGUCAGCAAUUUCAGUUUGUUUACCGGUGGGUGGCACAAGCAGUCACCGUGUUAAAGUUUAACUCUUCUAAAUUUGGACAAUUUAUUGAUUUUGUUUUGGAACUGGACUUGUUUUUUUAUUAAUUCAACAACCUUGCAUAUUUUGUCUAAUCGGACUACAUUUCUUUGUAAAUGCUGGAUAUUUUUGGACCAGAGAGCUGUUGUCUAAGCCAUGAAUUUUUCAGGCUUCAUUAAAAUAUUUUUCAUAGAUCUUUUUCUCUCUCUAAAGAGCAGAUACAUUGUGAUUUAAAGUGUUAAUCAGACUGUGCCUUUGCUAUACAGUGCUAUAAGACUCUUGCAAAUUCUCAUAUUGCCCUGCAAAAACAUCCUCUGAGAGAAUUUAAGAUAAUUUAAAUUAAAGAAGAAACCAACUAAAAAGGCAUUAGGUGUGAUUUUGUCUUUAAAGGAUGCCUUUUUUCAGCUUUCAUGAAAGACUUAAUGAUGUUCAAAGACAACAAAUCCCAGUUUUUACUACUUUGCUAACUCUUGAAAUGAUUUUCAUUAAAAAGUAUUGUAUAUAGUUUAUUAAAAGGAGAACUUUAUUCUUGUUUUUUAAUUGCAUCACUGAAAUGCUUCCUGUAUUUUUUAGAAACUUUGGAAUAAAAAACUCUAUUUAAAUAAACUCUUGUUUCCUGCUUCUGAUAUGCCUCAGAGGCUGAGAGUA